AUGAAACGAUUCAAUGUCAAAUAUAUAACAACACCUAUAUUUUAUGUUAAUGCUUCACCUCAUUUGGGUCAUGCCUAUACUAUGUUAUUAGCUGAUGUUACGAAUAAAUGGGAUAAAUUAAAACGGAUUCAAACGUUUUUAUUAACUGGUACUGAUGAACAUGGUUUAAAAAUUCAAUCAACUGCUGAAAAAUUGAAGAUUGAACCAAAAGUAUUGGUAGAUAAUGUUUCAAAUAAUUUUAAAGUAUUGGCAAGUAAAUUAAAUGUGAAUUAUGAUAGAUUUAUAAGAACUACUGAUCUAGAUCAUGUGGAAAAUGUGAUAAAUAUAUGGAAUUUAAUGAAUGAAAAAGGUUUGAUAUAUAAAGGGAGUCAUUCAGGUUGGUAUUCAAUAAGUGACGAAACUUUUUAUCCAGAUUCACAAAUUGAAGAAGUAGAAAAGGAUGGAGUACUUAAAAAGAUCUCAAUUGAGACUCGAAAUGAAGUAAUGUACAAUGAAGAAACAAAUUAUUUUUUUAGAUUAUCGAAGUUUAGAAAUGAUUUGAUAAAGUUUCUUGAGGAGAAUCCUAAUUGGAUAAAGCCAAAGCAUAGAUAUGAUCAAAUUUUGACGGAGUUAAAGGAUUCUGAAUUGAAUGAUUUAUCAAUUUCAAGACCCUCAUCAAGAUUAAAAUGGAGUAUAGAGGUACCUAAUGACCCAAAUCAGAAAAUUUAUGUUUGGUUCGAUGCUUUAUUCAAUUAUCAUACAUUUGGUAAAGAAAUCAAUGUUUGGCCACCUACUCAUAUCAUUGGUAAAGAUAUAAUUAGAUUUCAUUGUAUAUAUUGGCCAAUUUUUUUAAUGGCUGCUGAUAUGAAAUUACCUAAUGAGGUUAUUGUACAUUCUCAUUGGUUAUGUGAUGGGUAUAAAAUGAGUAAAAGUUUAGGAAAUGUAAUUGAUCCAAUUAAAACAAUAGAAAAAUAUGGUUUAGAUACAUUUAGAUUUUUCAUGAUUGAAAAUUCAAAUUUAAAUGAAGAUUGUAAAUUUUCAUAUGAUUACUUAAUGAAUACUAGAAAUUUAUUAAUUGGAAAAUAUUGUAAUUUGAUAAAUCGAAUAGGUGGGAAUAAAUUUAAUAUUGAACAAGCGGUACAAGAUGUUGAAAAAUAUCAAAAGUUAAAAAUGAAUGACGAGUUGAAAGCGUUAUCAGAUGAGUUAAUUACUGGUUUGAAUGAAUUAAGAUGUGUAAUGGAUGAACAUGUUUCAAAUUUUGAGUUUAAUAAAGUUAUUCAAUGUUGGUGGUCAAUUAUAAAUAAAGCAAAUACUUUAUUUCAAGUAGCUGAACCAUGGAAGAUAAAAGAUGAAAUAACAGUUAAUUAUUUUGUUUAUUUAUGUUCUGAAACUAUUAGAAUUUGUUCAGUUUUAAUCCAACCUGUUAUUCCCGAAUUAUCAACGAAAAUUUUGGAUAGAUUAAAUGUAAAUAAAAAGAGAAGAACAUUUGAAUAUGCUAAGUUAAAUGCUGAUUUGGAUUAUGGUAAUGAUGCAAACUCAAAAAAACAUGAUGUCCCAAUGAAGAAAUUACAUUUGUAA